GAUCCGGCUCAGACGUUCCCCAGUUGCGGCACAGUGAAGAAGCGCGAGACGAGAGCAGCAGAGAGAAUCUGCCACCGAAAUUAAAACUGAACCCGACAAAAACUGGUCAAGAACCGAACCAUAGACACAUCAUUAACUCAGCAGCCCAGCAGCUCAGACCCCCAGACACCCAACUGAAUUUCCGUGCGCCAAUGCGAGCCCAAUAGAAUGUGGAAGUAUCUGCUGAUUUGUGUGGUGAUGAGUGCCCUCAACGGGGAAUCUUCGGCGGCUGGCCAGCAGCCGAGAAGACGUCGCGGAUAUACCGGCGGCUAUGCCGGAGGCUAUGCCAGCAGCGGAGGAGGAGCUGGUGGCUACACGGGCACAUACAACAGCGGCGGAGGAGGCGUGGGCCACAGCAGCUAUGUGGGAACCGGCGGCGGUGGUGGUGGAGGCUACUACGACUACGAUGAUUAUGACGGCAACUCGCCGAACUUUGGCAUCAUCGACCCGUACCUGUUCCACCAGCAGCUGACGAACCACAUCCUGGCCCAGAACUACGCGAACCAACAAGCUAUAACGGGUCUGGCCACGGCUGGCAAUGCUUUUGCAUCUGCGGAUGCCUCUCUAGUCGACGACGACGACACUCGCAUCCAGCAGCAGAUUGCCGCACAGCAGGCCUACCACGACAAUCUGGUGCGUCAGAACCGGUACAGGGGAGGAUCGGGCUCGGUCUCGGGCUCGGGUUCUGGAUCGGGAUCGGGAUCCUCCAGUGGCUCCUACAACUCGCAUCGCUAUGCCCCCAGCUAUGCCGCCGCCUCGGGCUCCAUUGGACCCAAUGGCUACCGGCAGACGGCCUACAUCAGCCCCGCUAAUCCGGCUUCGCCCAACAUUGUGAAUCGGUUCGGUGGCGGAUCAUCCUCGGGUGGGGGCGGCGGUGGAGGCGGCUACAAAGGUGUCUCCGUCUCCUCCUACAGCCACAGCAAUGGCGAUGGAACCAGCCGUCGUGGCGCCCAGACCACCGUCAAUGACAACGGUAAAGUCACCUCGUACUCAACGCACUCCUAGAGGGACUGGAUCGAAAGCGAUCGAUAUGGCUGCUAGGCUUUUCUGUAAUCCACUCUAACAAAAGCUAACCAACGGCCUUUUCGUUUUAUUUAUAUGACAGAAAAUAUAUAUAUUAUGUGUGUGUAUUUUAUUAUAAAUACGAGUAU